UCGCGAGCUAUGCACUUUAGUUCUUGAAAGAUGAUAGCGGCUCUUCUCGUGGGAGUACUGCUCUCUGCUCAACUCUCAAGAUACCACGCUUUGCCGGACUGUUGCGCUCUCGGUUUUGGAGACAUCCAGCCAAAGAACGAUAGCGAUUCAUCUGUGUGUGUCAGAAACGCUGAGGAUUGCUGUACGCCUACAUACCUCAACCGUCUCAGUCACAUAGUGCAGUCAGAGCUGGACGAGUACAUUCCAACGGAGUUUAGGGAUGGAAUUGACAGCACCCUUUCCAAAGUAGACAAACUCAUUGGGUAUUUCAGCGAGCAUUUCUUUGAGAGGGAUAUAAUCCACGUCUUGGUGGCUACGAGCACUUCACAAAUUUCAAAUGAAUCCGAGAACAAUUUAACUGAUAUAUUUUCUGGUGGGAUUGCAGACAAUGCAGUUUGUGAAACAAUUAGAUCCAAGUUUACCAGACUGGUGGUCAAGAUUACAGAGGCUUAUUAUAGUGGAGAGGAUAUUUCAGAGGAAGAUAGACAGUGUAUAAGUCGUGCCACUAGAAGUAAAAUUGACGACGACUCACUUGUGCAGGUUUCAAGUGGAUUAGUGGAGCUAUUCAACUACACACUUCCUGCGGUACAGAAAAUCCGCGAUUUCAUUGAAUCGCAAACAAACAGAACUGAAGGUGCCAAUGUUAGCACGGCGUGUGUGAACGGAUUCAUCGAAGCUGCCUUUUGCAGACAGUGUGUUGAGCGGACACCUCCUAUCUGCGUGCUCACCUGCAAUGCUCUCGUUCGUGGAUGCUACUCCCCUUACUACACCCUACUCAACGGACAGUUCCAGGAGCUAUGGACCGAAAUCAAGCGUCUUACUUUAGACAUAAACUCCACAGUACAUCGUGUCUUGCACCACACAUCAAAACUGGGCGAACUUUCCAAACUUCUGGCCGAUAUUGAAAGUAACUGUGGACUAACAACCGGGGGAGACAAAACUACCAGAAAAGAGAAGAGUUCUGUAGGAAUUCCUCUGCCAGUGUUAGAACAACUGAUGGAUAUCACUGGCCCGUUUACGUACAGUAAGUAAUUGGCUGAAGGGUUAUGGGUACUAUAUAUAUGCGUGUUGUUCAUUUUUUACAAUGUUAUAUUUACUCAGGUGAAGGUGACUUGAAGAUUUGUCGUGUGAAAACGGAUGACAAUACAUGCUCCGAGGCCACUGAGGGGCCUCAAGGUCUACAAUGCAAUAUACAAGAUGAAGCACAACUCAAGAAUGGUACAUACACCUCAGACCCUGGAAAACUAGAGCUAACGACCUCAGAAUGCGACUGUUUUGAUGGCACUGGGUUCACCUCAGACGAUGAAACUAUGCAAACUUUCGAGGAAAAUGAUAUUCACGAUCAAGGUGCUAACCCAGUCUUCCAGCCACCUCUUGAUGUCAGAGAUUUGGAGAGACAGCUGUCGGAGAUUGAGCGACAGCAGGGAAAUCCUGUGAGGGAUUUCCUGAGUUCUCCAGCCUAUACUGAACUCUCAAAACCCCAGGAGACAGCAGACGGUGGCAGUAUCUGCACUGCUGGUCCUACUGUAGCUACGGAGGCUGGUUCUAUGACUGUAGCAUCACUAACUGCACUAUUACUAGCCUUUUUCGUGGCUAUCUUCACCUCUUAGAAUGUAUGUGUACUGUUUUUUACACAAUACAUGCAUGGUAUGCAGGUUCGUAGCCGUUAUUUUGUCACUGACUCUAUGUAUAGAAGAAUCAAUGAUUGUUUAUCACACAAUGUCCAACAGUUAGAGCAAAGAGAAGAGUUAGAAAAAGGAACUGCAUAACCAGCAGCAGAAUUCACUCGUUGAAGAAAGCUGCCCCUACGCCCUUACAUUAAAGCUUACGCUAGGAGAUAUAUAUAUAGACCGGACCGCACAAUAUUUUAUGACGCGUGUGACAAGGCUGGGUCACUCACGUGAAUUGCACGUGAUCGAAUCGCGACCAUUAUUGUGCGACAUGCCGCCGAAGUGGUGACGUC